CCUACACUUCCAGGAAGAGCAGCUGAGCUCCAGUCGGUGUGUGAUUCAGUGAAGUUCCUGAAGUGAGGAAGAGUUUCUGCUCCACGUCAGAACAACAUGCAGAGCGUGGGCUCCUCCCCGGGGGGCCGGGUGCUGUCGGAGGAGCAGUUCAGCUGCUCCAUCUGUCUGGAGGUGUUCGUGGAGCCCGUGUCCACGCCCUGCGGACACAGCUUCUGUAAGGCCUGUCUGCAGGGCUACUGGACCCACAGCAAGAAGUUCUGCUGCCCCAUGUGCAAGAAGACCUACAGCAGGAGGCCGGAGAUGAGCGUCAACCGGGUGCUGGCCGAGAUCUCCUCCCAGUUCCAGGGGCUGAUGAUGGAGGGAGCGGCCGCCUCGCGGGGCUCCACGCUCAGUCUGGGCCCGGACCCUCAGGGGCCCGACACCGGGGACUUCGCCCGGCCGGGGGAGGUUCCCUGUGACGCCUGCAUCGGCAGGAAGCUCAAGGCUCUGAAGUCGUGCGUGAACUGCCCCGGGUCGUUCUGCGAGACUCACCUGCGGCAGCACAGGAAGGUGAAGUCUUUGAUUUCCCACCGACUGAUCGAACCCACGUUCCACCUGGAGGAGAAGAUCUGUAAGAAGCACGAGCGUCUGCUGGAGGUUUACUGCCGCAGCGACCACGUGUGCGUGUGCACGUCCUGCGCCGAGGCCUCGCACAAGUCCCACGACAUCGUCUCCACCGACCACGAGUGGAAGAAGAAAGUGACGAAUCUGGGGAAGAGGAGGUCGGAGCUGAAACACCUGAUCAAGGAAAGAGCCAAGAAGCUGGAGGAGAUCAAACAAUCCAUCAAGGUGAUCAAGGCCAGCGCGCAGCGGGAGCUGGAGGAGAGCUGGCAGGUGUACGCGGAGCUGCAGCGGCUGGUGGAGCACAGUCAGGCGGAGCUGGUGGAGCUGAUCGCCACGCGGCAGCGCGAGGCGGAGCGCCACGCCCAGGAGCUCGCCCGCGGUCUGGAGAACGAGCUGAGUCAGCUGAGGAGGCGGAGCAACGAGCUGGAGGCCCACGCCCAGACGCGGGACAAAGUGAUCUUCCUGCAGAACCUGGCCACGCUGCCGCCGCCGCCCGAGCCCGCCGAUUGGUCGGCGGUCAGCAUCAACACCGACCUCUACCUGGGAACCGUCCGCACGUCCGUCAGCGGCCUCGUAGACAAGUUCCAGGAGGAGCUGAAGAGACUGUACGGGAAAGAACUCCGGAAGCUGCAGAACUAUUCCAGUGAGGUGAUUCUGGACCCGGCCACGGCCCAGAGGAACCUGGUCGUGUCCGACGACGGGCGCCAGGUGAAGUACGAGGAGCGUAAGACCUCCCACUCCGAGGGUCCGAAGCGCUUCAGCCCCGCCCUCUUCGUCCUGGGCCGCGAGGGCCUGAGCUCCGGGCGACACUACUGGGAGGUGGACGUGGGGCGGAAGACGGCCUGGACGCUGGGCGUGACCCGCGCCUCGGCCCGCCGCAAGGGCGAGAUCAAGCUGAGUCCGGAGGGGGGGUACUGGUGCCUGUGGCUGAAGAACGGGGAGGUGAAGGCCCUGGCGGCGUCCCGCCUGCCCCUCGCGCUGCCGGCACAACCGGCCAAAGUGGGAAUCUUCCUGGAUUACGACGGAGGCCGGAUCUCGUUCUACGACGUGAAGUCGCGUCUGCAUCUCUACACGUUCGCCGAUUCGUUCGGCGAGAGUCUGUUUCCGAUCUUCAGCCCCUGUCUCGUCCAGGAGGGAAAGAACGCUUGGCCUCUCACCAUCGCCCCCGUGAAACACACCUGAGACGACGACGCCACGCGGCCGCAGCCAAACACACCAAAUCCUUCUGUUCGUUGAACAAAAAGAAGAAGAUCACGAGUGGAUCGCCGUAGAGGUCGUGACCCCGGUUCACGAGUUAGUCGUGUCGUUUCCUUUAAACUGUCAAUAGACUUUACAGAUGUUUCAUGUGCACUGUAUAUACUGUACAACCAUGAAAACAAUAUAUUACUGUAUUUUUAUAUGAAGUGCUUUCUGCUUUCUUUGAAUUUGUUCAAUAAAGAUGAUCAGGCAGAGUUUCUUCUCUCUUCAACA